UAUUUCAGGAUACGACCCUCCCUCCAGUGGGCUAUUUUUAUCAUCGCAGGCGGUAAAACCAUUACUAGCCAUCUUCAAUCAAUUCGUCAAUGGAAACAAGGGUUGUAUCACUUUGUCACUGUUACAAUUCCUUCUUAGAGUGUCAAAAGCUGAGCGCAUCGUACAAGUAGCAUUGAAGGUUAGAGUUCGAAAAGAGCGAGCGUUCUCAAGAGGAGAUGUAUAGAGAGCACCGUGUGGGUGUUAUCGGCGUUGGUGGAUGUCGAGUGGGUGGUUAGAGGCAUGCGCCGUGGAGGUCGGAGGCGACCAAUGACGUCAGGGGAUCGAUCGCGGCUCUGAGGCGAGCGACGAGCGGCGAGCGGCCAGCGGCGGGCGACGGGCGGCGCGCUACACGGUCCUCUGAUGAUACAGAACUGUCAACCGUGGCACGUGAGUUAGGAUGUGUACACGGCGGGUUAUGUAACGGAUAGGAAGCGGACAGGAACACCAGUUUGAUGUCUAAGGCACGGGACACGCGCGCUCAUGUGCGGACUAAGUUUUAGAACCAGGAACAGCCCUUCGCAGAAGACCUCCCUCCGAUGGGGCGACAGCUGUGUCAGGCUCGAAUGUAACGGCUUCCACGGCACACAAACCUCUUAGGUCCAUAACGAGAGCGAGUGACAUAACGUUGGUGUUCAGAUUAUAUAUCUAUUUUAUGAUGGAUUAUUGUUAUACUUGUCGUUCCGGAAGUUAUUUGUAAAAGCUGGUAGUGAGUGGCCACUGGCAAGUCGAGCGACCGGAGCUGAAGGUUCAAGGAGGCUUCAAAUAACAAGACAUCAAGAUGAUCAACAUAGCCGGAGUGAUCUCCAUCAUCCUCUUCUACGUUCUAAUCCUGGCCGUGGGGAUAUGGGCGGGGCGCAAGAAGCCGCCAGGUAACGACUCCGAAGAAGAAGUGAUGCUAGCAGGACGAUCCAUUGGAUUGUUCGUGGGCAUCUUCACUAUGACCGCGACGUGGGUGGGUGGAGGCUACAUCAAUGGCACCGCUGAAGCCAUCUAUACUUCGGGGCUGGUGUGGUGUCAGGCCCCCUUCGGGUACGCGCUGUCACUCGUCUUUGGCGGCAUCUUCUUCGCCAAUCCGAUGCGUAAACAGGGUUACGUGACCAUGUUGGAUCCUCUCCAGGACUCGUUCGGCAGUCGUAUGGGAGGACUGUUGUUCCUGCCCGCGCUCUGUGGGGAGGUGUUCUGGGCUGCUGGAAUCCUUGCAGCACUUGGCGCCACGCUGGCCGUCAUCAUAGACAUGGACCACCGCACGUCCGUCAUCUUCAGCGCCUGCGUCGCCGUCUUCUACACCCUGUUCGGAGGCCUGUACUCCGUCGCCUACACUGACGUCAUUCAGCUGUUCUGUAUCUUCAUCGGCCUCUGGAUGUGCAUUCCUUUUGCCUGGGCCAACGAACACGUCAAACCUCUCAGCUCUAUGGAAGUGGACUGGAUAGGAAAGAUCGAUCCGGAGUAUUACUGGUUCUAUGUGGAUUACGGGCUAUUGCUCAUUUUUGGAGGUAUCCCGUGGCAGGUAUACUUUCAGCGUGUUCUUAGCAGCAAGACCGCCGGCCGAGCUCAAGUGCUGUCGUAUGUGGCAGCUAUAGGUUGUAUCUUCAUGGCCAUACCGCCCGUACUUAUUGGAGCCAUCGCUAAAGGCACCGCUUGGAACGAGACGGAGUAUCACGGACCUUUGACGGCCGAUGGUGAGUUGACUUCGGAACAAACGUCGAUGAUCCUGCCGCUCGUGCUGCAACACCUCACUCCAGACUUCGUGUCAUUCUUCGGUCUGGGUGCUGUCUCAGCCGCGGUGAUGUCGUCAGCUGACUCCAGCGUGCUCAGCGCUUCCUCUAUGUUUGCGAGAAACGUGUACAAGCUGAUAUUCCGUCAAAACGCUUCUGAGAUGGAGAUCAUUUGGGUGAUGCGUGUGUCUAUCCUGGUGGUAGGAGUACUCUCCACCAUCAUGGCUCUCACCAUCCCCUCUAUAUAUGGCUUGUGGUCGAUGUGCUCGGACCUGGUGUAUGUCAUCCUGUUUCCUCAACUGCUGAUGGUGGUGCACUUCAAGCAUCACUGUAACACGUACGGCUCGCUGGCGGCCUAUAUUGUUGCUUUAAUGGUCCGACUCUCCGGUGGUGAGAAGCUGCUGGGCCUGCCCGCUCUCAUCCACUACCCCGGGUGGGACGCCACCAACGAGGUUCAGUUGUUCCCCUUCAGGACGCUGGCCAUGGUGCUGUCACUCUUCACACUGGCUUUCAUCUCGUGGCUAUCCGUGUUCUUGUUCAACUCCGGUUACUUGAGUCCUGAAUCCGAUUACUUUAACUGCGUCGUGAACAUCCCCGAGGAUAUUAGAAGAGUGGACGAGCCCUCCGAGGCUGGGGAGCAGAUGUCGGUCCUGGGAGGAGUUCCCGGUAGGCUAUAUGGAGCUGCUUCCACUCUCGUGGGUCCGGAUGAGAAGUCGGGAAGGAUCAACCCGGCCCUGGAACCCGACGAUGACGAUCUGGACGACCCCAAUGAUGGCCCCACGCCGCUCUUCGGAUCCAGCAGUGCACCUCCACCGGUCCAGCCGUUCGGAAAACAGACAGCUUUCUGAGACGACUAUUACUACUACUAGUUCUCGAAAUGGAUUUGGCUAGGAAUGUUUUAUUUUCAUAUAGUGACCUGGAUAGGAUGACCGUUGGUUCAGUGCUUGAACUCUAAUCGACUGCAACGAAGAGAAUCGAGUUUCUAGAUUAGUAGACUCAGAUAAUACAUAUAUAUCAGAUAUAUGACUAAAUUCCGAUGCACGACUAUGUAUCGUACAGCACCCCCCUUGACUUAGAUCGGGAGGAAAAUGCGGAAAGGUAAUACAUUAGGAGAGUUUAUUUUAUAGCGAUGACAUGUUAUGUGUAUUUAUAUUAAUGUAUAAGUUACAAUAACGAAACGCAGACAUAUCAAGUAACGUGAACUGUAUUUACUAUAUAUUUGUUGUUAGAGACUUAUAUAACAUUAUUUACAUUUAAAGAUUCCUUAUUUAAGUCAAUUAAUGUAGGAAGACGUGCACGAAUUAUUGUUAGAGGACUGCGCAAGCUUGAGACGCGAGCAGUCGCACUCGCGUGACCAAGAGGAGGGGUAUAAUAUACUAAGAGUAAUCAAAUACAUAUCAAGAUGCUUUAAAAGCAAUAAAAUUAUUAUAAACAAGACCUGCAUUGAUUGAAAUUAUGAAACAUUAUGCUUCUAUUAGAUAUUUUAAAUAUGUACAAAUUCUAUUUUAAAAUGUUUGCAAGUUAUACAAGUUAUUUUCUUAGCCUCUAGUUAUAAUUGAGAGCAUUUACCGUUUUUAUAAAAUUCCAGUCAGUUUUAUGGUUAGCCUGUUAGGCCUCGGUGUUGAGGUCCGCUCGUCGAGUGACGAGUGUCGGCAGCAGUACACCGCCGCAGAGUUCAGUGAGAUAAAAACUGAAAGGGGCUUCAUAAAAUCAGCCAAUUGAGUUUAAAGAGACUUCAUAAAACAAUCACAUAUAUUAUUACAUAAGAGUCGGAAGGAAGAUCACUAGAGUGAGUGACGUAACAUAAGACGGUCGAAAAGUAAUUUCCUAAUCAUAAAUGUACCUUCGUCUGUUCAAACGUUAUAUACUAAAUGUGUUUGUCGUCUUCCUCGCACCAAGGUUACUAUCACUCGAUUUCGCUGAUGUUAUGAAUAAGCCUUCGAUGUCGUAGUUUAGAUGUGUCGCCGUCCUGAGUGGGGCUCGGGCGCGGGACGGACGCUGUGUUUUGAAAGUGUUUAAAUCCCUUUGUACUCGAUAUUGCGAGGGUGCAGCUUCGACUACUUGACAUGCAUCACUCGUUUAGCGUUGUAUAGUUAUAGUCGUAUACUUAUUGUGAUAUAGUCACCUGCCUGCAGUACUACGCGAAGACUCCUCGGAAACAUAUCAUUGUGAAUUAUUGUAUUAAAUGUACAUCGCAUAUAACUAGUUGUUAGUGAAACUGAUACAUAUCAAAUAUACUUAAGGUAGUGUUAGAUUAAUGUUGUUGUUUUCUGCGGCGGCCCUCCAGCUCGCUGACGGAUGUAGUAAAACAAUGAAGUGAGGCGGACGGUAGAACAACCACUCACAGCCUGUGGAACACCACACACCUUCAUGACAAGUACGCAAUCGGUCGCCUUGAGUGAUACGAGCUCUUUAAGCUGCACAUAUCCGUCUCGGGCUAGAGGCCGCUCUACCACUGUUAGGUGUAGUUACGUCUACUAUUGACUUAUUCCUAGUUCUUGUUGAAUAUUUGAAAUGUGUAAAUUGUGUAAUGUUGUGAUUCUGCAGUAUCCCUGCGACCUAAUAAAACGUAUAGUAUGUUGAAAA